UGGUACCUUCCGGAGGCGGAACCUCGCGCUAGCGCCUCUGUGAUUGGAGAGAUGCCGCCGGGGGCGGUGACGACCGUGCAGCCGGCGGGAACCUUCCUCCCUGUUCGCGCGCUUUCACGGAGACGGUCCGGCCAGGUAUCCCCGGAGUCCCGUGGUCCCUGAACUUGUCGGAGUAAGGCAGCCUUGCUCCAGUAGCUGUGCUUCGGCAGCCCAGCGGGAGCGUCCGUGGCCUAGGGCUGGGAGGGCGAGCGCCGCUCGAACCUAUCCUCGCGCAGACAGCCCGCCAUCAUGUCGUCCCCGGCGUCAACUCCGAGCCGCCGCAGCAGCCGGCGCGGGCGUACUACCCCUACCCAGACGCCGCGAAGUGAGGAAGCCAGGUCCUCGCCAUCUCUGAGACGCAGAGGCGAGGAUUCCACUUCCACGGGAGAGUUGCAGCCCAUGCCCACUUCACCAGGAGCAGACUUGCAGAGCCCUGCCGCUCACGAUGCCUUGUUUUCCAGUCCUCCUCAGAUGCAUUCUUCAGCUAUUCCUCUGGACUUUGAUAUUAGCUCACCACUGAUAUAUGGAACUCCCAGCUCUCGGGUGGAGGGAACCCCCAGAAGUGGUGUUAGGGGCACACCUGUGAGGCAGAGGCCUGACCUGGGUUCUGCACGGAAGGGUCUACAGGUGGAUGUACAGUCAGAUGGGGCAGCAGCAGAAGAUAUAGUAGCAAGUGAACAGUCUCUGGGACAAAAACUUGUCAUCUGGGGGACAGAUGUAAAUGUGGCAACAUGCAAAGAAAAUUUUCAAAGAUUUCUUCAGCGUUUUAUUGAUCCUCUGGCUAAAGAAGAAGAAAAUGUUGGCAUAGAUGUCACUGAACCUUUGUACAUGCAACGACUUGCAGAGAUUAAUGUUAUUGGGGAGCCAUUUUUAAAUGUAAAUUGUGAACACAUAAAGUCUUUUGACAAAAGUUUGUAUAGACAGCUCAUCUUCUACCCACAGGAAGUUAUCCCAACCUUUGACAUGGCUGUCAAUGAAAUCUUCUUUGACCGUUACCCUGACUCCAUCUUAGAACAUCAGAUUCAAGUAAGACCAUUCAAUGCAUUAAAGACGAAGAAUAUGAGAAACCUGAAUCCAGAAGACAUUGACCAGCUCAUCACCAUCAGUGGCAUGGUGAUCCGAACUUCUCAGCUGAUCCCUGAGAUGCAGGAGGCGUUCUUCCAAUGCCAAGUGUGCGCCCAUACUACUCGGGUGGAAAUAGACCGUGGCCGCAUUGCUGAGCCCUGUGCUUGUGGCCGCUGCCACACAACCCACAGUAUGGCACUGAUCCACAACCGCUCCCUCUUCUCUGACAAACAGAUGAUUAAACUUCAAGAAUCUCCUGAAGACAUGCCUGCCGGUCAGACACCUCACACAGUUAUACUCUUCGCUCACAAUGAUCUUGUGGACAAGGUUCAGCCUGGAGACAGAGUGAAUGUCACAGGCAUCUACCGAGCAGUGCCUAUUCGAGUCAAUCCAAGAGUGAGCAACGUGAAGUCUGUCUACAAAACCCACAUUGAUGUAAUUCAUUAUCGGAAGACGGAUGCAAAACGCCUGCAUGGCCUUGAUGAAGAAGCAGAACAGAAACUUUUUUCAGAAAAACGUGUGGAAUUGCUUAAGGAACUUUCCAGGAAACCAGACAUAUAUGAAAGACUAGCUUCAGCCUUGGCUCCCAGUAUUUACGAACAUGAAGAUAUAAAGAAGGGAAUCUUACUUCAGCUCUUUGGUGGAACAAGAAAAGACUUUAGUCACACAGGAAGGGGUAAAUUUCGUGCCGAGAUCAACAUCCUUCUGUGUGGUGACCCUGGUACCAGCAAGUCCCAGCUGCUGCAGUAUGUGUACAAUCUGGUCCCCAGGGGUCAGUACACAUCUGGAAAGGGCUCCAGUGCAGUUGGCCUCACAGCCUAUGUGAUGAAGGACCCUGAGACCAGGCAACUAGUCCUGCAGACAGGUGCCCUUGUCUUGAGUGACAAUGGUAUCUGCUGUAUUGAUGAGUUUGACAAGAUGAAUGAGAGUACAAGAUCAGUGUUGCACGAAGUCAUGGAGCAGCAGACUCUCUCCAUUGCAAAGGCUGGGAUCAUCUGUCAGCUCAAUGCACGCACUUCUGUACUGGCAGCAGCAAACCCCAUUGAAUCUCAGUGGAAUCCUAAAAAAACAACGAUUGAAAACAUCCAGCUACCUCACACAUUAUUGUCAAGGUUUGAUCUGAUUUUCCUAAUGCUAGACCCUCAGGAUGAGGCAUAUGACAGGCGUCUGGCUCAUCACCUGGUCUCACUGUACUACCAGAGCGAAGAGCAGAUGGAGGAAGAGUUCUUGGACAUGGCAGUGUUGAAGGACUACAUUGCAUAUGCUCAUAGUACCAUCAUGCCCCGUCUGAGUGAGGAGGCUAGCCAGGCCCUCAUUGAGGCUUAUGUAGACAUGAGGAAGAUUGGUAGUAGCCGCGGAAUGGUUUCUGCAUAUCCUAGACAGCUGGAGUCAUUAAUUCGAUUAGCAGAAGCCCAUGCUAAAGUAAGAUUUUCAAGCAAAGUUGAAGCAGUUGAUGUGGAAGAGGCAAAACGUCUCCACCGGGAGGCUCUGAAGCAGUCUGCAACUGACCCCCGGACUGGCAUUGUGGACAUAUCUAUUCUUACUACAGGAAUGAGUGCUACGUCUCGUAAACGGAAAGAAGAAUUAGCUGAAGCAUUGAGAAAACUUAUUUUAUCUAAGGGCAAAACACCAGCUCUGAAAUACCAGCAGCUUUUUGAAGAUAUUCGGGGACAAUCUGACAUAGCAAUUACCAAAGAUAUGUUUGAAGAAGCCCUGCGUGCCUUGGCUGAUGAUGACUUCUUGACAGUGACUGGAAAAACUGUUCGCUUGCUGUGAAGCUGUUGGGAGCCAUACUGCUUACAUGCUGCUUGCUGCACCUGUUCACGUACAAGCGCAGGCUACAGGCCAGACAGUUGCUGCUGCCACUGCCAAUAAAUUCUGAAAGGCAUUAUUCAACUACAUAAGUUUCCUAACCUGGAUUCAAUUUUUUUAGUAAUUCUAUAAUGUUGGGGGCGGGGGGGGACUUCAGUAUGUUU